UGUCAGGCCCUUGGUUUGUGGUUUUCUGCUUUACAGGAAGGUUGCUUACAUCGCAGGCAGAGACAUCCCAUUUAUGCUGGGGGUUGUCUGUGAAGCAAGGCAGAGCGCUAGAGAGAGAGCGACAGAGAGAGAGAGUGAGUGAGAAUGAAAUCACAUGCACUCCCUAUAAUGGUCGGUUAAAAGCAGACAUAUUAACAGACGUCCUCACUAAACUGAAUAGAAACACUUUUUCUGUUCUGUUUCUACUUUCUUUUUUUUUUCUUUACCAGGAUUAUGUUUCUUACGUGUCAGUCUGAAGAUUUUUUUCUCCUGAACACCUGUUGAAGACACAGAGACAUGUUGCUCAGGAGGGGGCGCUGCAACAACAGCCUGACCUGAAUGUGUGCAGCAGUCAGCUAUGUGCUCCCAUUGAGGAGACACAGUGAGGGCUUGGCGAAUCCUGGCAGGCUGUGUGGGGGGGUAUCGAUGCCCACCCAUGCCCCUGGAGCCCGGUCACAUGGAGCCCCCCACCCACACGACGAAGAGAUGGACUUGGCCUGGCAGGAACUGAUGGCCAUCACUGAGCUUCAGGAGUUUGAGGUCCCACAUGACAGCCCAUAUGAAAAUAUUCAGUACCAUCCCAUGGAGCUGCCCAUCUCUCUGGGAGGUUAUGGCAUGGCUCAGUCUCACUCUCAUACAGAGCCCCUCCCCUGUGGUGGGGAGACAAAUCCUGAUGCUGCUUAUGAGGGAUCCUACUCUAAAGUAAUGCCAGCUUGCCAACAUCAGGCCACCAGGGAAGCAGCAGCAGCAGCAGAGGCACUGUACGGACAUUCUGGAAACCAUUCUGGAGCCCAGCUGAACCCCAGAGUUCUGAACCCUCUACAGCCCUCGCUGAUGGGCCUUCUAGAGCAUAUGAGUCUGCCGAGCGUCGGUGGUGAGGGGCUUGUUGGAAACAACAAUGCUGGCCCCUCUCAUGGCCCGGGUCGGUACGUGCUAGGGACAAGUCAUGGGCAGAGCAAACACACACCAUGCACUAUGGAUGAUCUGGAAUCUGACUCUGGCCUAUCUCUGGGGUCCAGCCCACCACUAGCCUCACCAGAGGAUGCCAUGACUGGUGUCCCUGCUUAUUCAAGCACAGAGGUUGGUCUGAACUAUAGUCACGGGGAGAUGGAGAAUAUGGGUGAGCAAGGUAGGAGAGCUAGCCUCUUUUACUCUGUGGACUAUCAGCAGCAUCCCAAUCACCCCUACCACUGCUCAGGGAUGCACUCCUCUUACUUCCCUGUAACACAACCAUCCCAAAUGCAACCACAGCCUCACUUCCUGCCUCCCAUGUCAAUGAAACAUCAACAAGGUUCACCCAGUGCCUUGAACGACCGGCAUCUUAACAGCUCUGCCACCAGAGAGAGCUCUCCCCAGGCGUUCUAUGUAAAACCCAGAGGUAACCCACUUCCUGUCUCUCUGAACCGGGACGAACGCCGAGCCCUCGCCCUCAAGAUCCCUUUCCCUCUAGAGAAGAUCAUCAACCUACCUGUGGACGACUUCAACGAGCUCCUGACACAGUACACCCUCACGGACUCCCAGCUCGCCCUCGUCAGGGACAUCCGCCGGCGGGGGAAGAACAAGGUGGCAGCCCAGAACUGCAGAAAGAGGAAACUGGAGAACAUUGUUUACCUGGAGGGGGAGUUGGGUCAGCUACAGGCACAGAGGGAACACCUGGCCAGGGAGAGGUUAGAGUUCCAACGCAACCUGACUAUUGUUAAACACCGCCUCACAGACUUGUAUGCUGAGGUCUUUUCUCAGCUGCGGGAUGAGGAUGGACAUCCCUACUCUAUAGAUGACUACUCUCUACAGCAGACCCCUGAUGGGAACGUAUACUUGGUGCCUCGUAGUGAAGUGUUGGAGGGAGAAUAAUGUAAAGAUGAAAUCUAUUGGACAGUUAUUGUAUACUGCCUCAGUUUAUAUACCAAUAUGAAAUUGUUGUUAAAUCUACAGUACAAUAAGUGCCAUUAAGGAUAUUUACAUACAAAACCAUGGAACAGUGUAUGUAGAGAUCAGAUAAAAUGACAGCUAAAAGGGCACCAUGUUAAACAAACUAAUCAAUACUUAGAGCCUUUAGAAAGUAUUCAUACCCCUUGAAUUAUUCCACAUUUUGUUGUUAUAGCCUGAAUUCAAAAUGGAUCAAAUAUACUGAACAAAAUAUAAACGCAACAGUUCAUAUGAGGAAAUCAGUCACGGUAUUUCUGUGCAUUCAAAUUGCCAUCGAUAAAAUGCAAUUGUGUUCGUUGUCCGUAGCUUAUGCUUGCCCAUACCAUAACCCCACCAUGGGGCACUCUGUUCACAACGUUGACAUCAGCCAACCGCUUGCCCAUGCCAUACACGAGGUCGGUGGUUGUGAGGCCGGUUGCCAAAUUCUCUAAAACGUUGGGGAGGCUGUUUAUGGUAUAGAAAUUAACAUUCAAAUUCCCUAGCAACAGCUAUGGUAGACAUUCCUGCAGUCAGCAUGCCAAUUGCACACUCCCUCAAAAUUUGAUACAUCUGUGGCAUUGUGUUGUGUGACAAAACUGCACAUUUAAGAGUGGCCUUUUAUUGUCCCCAGCACUAGGUGCAUCUGUGUACAAUUCUGCAGUGUAUUGAUCAUGCUGUUUAAUCAGUUUGAUAUGCCACACCUGUCAGGUGGAUGGAUUAUCUUGGCAGAGGGGAAAUUGUCACUAACAGGGACGUAAACAAAUUUGUGCACAACAUUUGAGAGAAAUAAGCUUUUUGUGUGUAUGGGACAUUUAUGGGAUCGUUUAUUUCAGCUCAGGAAACAUGGGACCAACACUUUGCGUUCAGAUUUUUGUUCAGCUACACAAAAUACCCUAUAAUGACAGUGAAAACAUGUUACAAGAAAUGUUUGCAAAUGCAUUGAAAAUGAAAUACAGAAAUCUCAUUUGCAUUGGUGUUCACACCCAAGUCAACACGUGAUAUCACCUUUGGCAGCAAUUACAGCAGAGUCUUUCUGGGUAAGUCUAAGAGCUUUGCACACCUGGAUUGUACAAUAUUUGCACAUUAUAUUUUAAAUUCUUCAAGCUCUGUCAAGUUGGUUAUUGAGCAUUGCGUGACAGCUAUUUUCCCGUCUUGCCAUAGAUUUAAUUCAAAACUAUGCCACACAGCAACAUUCAAUAACUUCUUGGUAUAUCACUACAGCGUAUAUUUGGCCUUGAGUUUUGAGUUGUCCUGCUGAAGGUGAAUGUGUUGCCUGGAAAGCAGACCAGGUUUUCCUCUAUGAUUUCACCUGUGCAUAGCUCUAUUCAGUUUGUUUUUAUCCUGAAAAAUUCUAGUCUUUGCCAAUGACAAGCAUACCCUUAACAUGAUACAGGCACCACGACACUUGAAAAUAUGGUAUUGGAUUUGCCUCUAACAUAACGCUUUGUAUUCAGGGCAGUUAAUUUCUUUGCCACAUUACUUUUGUGCCUUACUGCAAAUAGUAUGCAUGUUUUGGAAAAUGUCUAUACAGGCUUCCUUUUCACUGGUCAUUUAGGUUAGUAUUGUGGAAUAACUAAACUGUUGACCCAUCCUCAGUUCUAUCACAGCCAUGAAACUGUUCAAGUCACCAUGGUGAAAUUCCUGAGUAGUUUCCUUCUGCUCCGGCAGAGUUAGGAAGGCCGCCUGUAUCGACUUGAUACAUCAAAAGCCUAAUUAGUAACUUAACCAUGCUCAAGGAUAUUUAAUAUACCAAUAGGUGCUCUUUGCAAGGCAUUGGAAAACCUCCCUGGUCUUGGAGGUCAAAUUGGUUGAAAUUCCGUUUGAUUUACAGAAUUAUAAGUCAGUAGUUGGUGCAACUUAUGCACAUUUUCUCCUGAAAUGUAUGCUCAACUACAACAAAAAUCCACCUUAAUAUGGGGUAUUGUAUGUAGGCCAGUGACAGGCUCAAUAUACAUUAUAAAUUCAGGCUGUGACAAUGUGGAGAAAGUCAAGGGGGUGCGAAUGCUUUGAAGGCACUGUAGUUACGCGAGCUAACCAGUCAUAUGCCUAUGCUCGUUCUGGAUACAAUGAUAAAUCUUAAAUCUAAAUGUACAUUUGGGAAUUCUAUUAUAACAAUGUCCCUGUAUAUCAGAAUAUGAAAAUUGUGUACCAUGUGGUAGUUGAACAGUAUUUAUAAUAUGAGGAAACGUAUGUUGGUAAAAAAUAUUUUAUUGAUAACCAGGAAGUGAGUAAAAACCGGUUAAAAUCCUGCACAGCAGUCGUCACAGUAUAAAAAUAGCCAAUUGCAUAUUUCCAGUCACCCUAAAAAAACAAGAAACAGACCAUUGCUUAAAAUCAGGACAGCCUCACAAUCUCUUAAUAUUUCCAAGUUAUCAAAAGAUUAUUGUAGCUUACUGUAUGCAAUGCAACAAUGUUCCGCUUAAAAUCAUGCUUUUGGAUAGCUGUCCUUUCGAUCAGUCAUUUUCCUAGAAAGCACCAGAGGAAAAGGAGACAAAUGAGUAUCAGAAGAUAAACCAAUGAGAGGCGUUAGUCUGAUAUAUUCCAUGAUUUGACUGCAAACGUCAGCAUGCAUUAUGAGAUUGGCACGCUGGUAAAGACCAUGUUACGCAAAAGGUCCAGACCGUUGUAUUAGAUGGGGGCAUUGGUUUCUAAUAAAACACUGCACAUCCAAAUAAAACGUACAUGGUCAUUAACGCUAUACUAUUCAUUUCUACAAUAAAACUAGUGUUUGCUCA